CACUGAGCCGUCAGGGGACGCCAUGUUUAUACUGUCGGUGGUGUGGUGCGGGUAUAUGUGUGUCCAUUAUUUUCAAGUAAUAACGUUUAAUUAUUUAUUUACAUAGUACAGCGCGAUACAAUGUGUCCUGUGCGUGAAGUGUAUUCCGAUUAAUAGUAUGUAAAAUUCGUGCGCAUUGAUGGUGUACCAAAAAAUCGUAUAGACGCGAACAGUCUAUAACUUACGAACCUUCGUUCUUCGAAGUUCUUUUGCUACCUCGUAAAUUGUUUACAAGUUGUUCAAGCUGCUUUACGACUAAGCAGGGCUUUCAGAACGUGCUAUUUGCGUUAGGGAUACAAUUUCCUUUUCAGGAAUCUUCCGCGACCUUUGGAUGGACGUAAUGCAUCUUUGUUACAAAAAUUUGUGUCUUUUAUAACCUGACAACACGUUGAAGUUCCUUUCUUUAUCAUGUCAUUGUACCUUUGACAAAGUAUUCAAAGAGAUUUGAAGUAAAUUUAAUGAGUUACAAAAUGUGGUCAUCACAAGGUACUAAUUCAAAUUCAAAGUCUUCUUCAAAUGAAGGUAAUCUACGCACAUUGGGCAUGACAUCUGCUAUCAGUAUAGCGGAACCAAAGCCCAGUGAUCUUAAUAGGACAAAUGAAUUGAAAGAAGCAUUAAAACCUUAUAAUGUGUUUGAAUCAGAAGAAGAGUUAAAUCACAGAAUGGAAAUUCUAAGCAAAUUAAAUGCACUGGUGAAGCAAUGGAUAAGGGACACAAGUAUUGCCAGAAACAUGCCAUCCAAUGUUGCUGAAAAAGUUGGUGGUAAAAUAUAUACUUUUGGUUCAUAUAGGUUAGGGGUACAUCACAAAGGUGCUGAUAUAGAUGCACUAUGUGUUGUACCACGUCACAUCUAUAGGUCGGACUAUUUUACAUCCUUCUUUGAAUUACUGAAAAUGCAAGAAGAAGUUACCGAUUUAAGGGCAGUGGAAGAGGCAUUUGUACCAGUCAUCAAAAUGAACUUUGAUGGUAUAGAAAUUGAUAUGUUAUUUGCAAAGUUAGCACUUAAAGAAAUUCCUGAUUCAAUGGACCUUAAGGAUGAUAUGCUUUUGAAAAACCUCGAUCAGAAGUGUGUCAGAAGUCUCAAUGGUUGCAGAGUGACAGAUGAGAUAUUGCGUUUAGUACCUAAUAUAGAAAAUUUUAGGUUGGCACUUAGGGCUAUUAAAUUGUGGGCAAAACGACAUGGCAUAUAUAGCAAUGUGUUAGGAUAUCUAGGAGGGGUAUCUUGGGCAAUGUUGGUCGCAAGAACAUGUCAACUCUAUCCAAAUGCUGUUGCUGCAACAUUAAUAGAAAAAUUUUUCCUUGUAUUUUCCCAGUGGAAAUGGCCACAGCCAGUUCUUUUAAAACCACCAGACAAUGUUAAUUUGGGUUUUCCAGUUUGGGAUCCAAGAGUAAAUAUAUCGGAUAGAUAUCACUUGAUGCCAAUUAUUACUCCUGCAUAUCCUCAACAAAAUUCAACGUUUAAUGUAUCAGUUUCAACAAGAACUAUUAUGCAAGAAGCUUUUGAAACAGGACUCUCAAUAACAGAAGAGAUUAUCAUGGGAAAAGCAACGUGGGACAAGUUAUUUGAACCUCCAAAUUUUUUUGGGAAAUAUAAACAUUACAUUGUAUUAUUGGCUAGAAGUUUAACAGCAGAGGAUCAACUUGAAUGGUGCGGCCUUGUCAAGUCAAAACUACGACAUUUGAUAGGUACACUGGAAAGGAAUCUACACAUUACAUUGGCACAUGUAAACCCAGAGGCAUUUCCACCGUUAGAACCAGAACCGGAGGGGCACUGCUCCAUGUGGUUUAUUGGCUUACUCUUUGCUAAAAGCGAAAACUUAAAUAUUGAUCUGACGUAUGAUAUAAAAUCAUUUGUCGAUUCAAUUCAGAGACAAGCAGAACAGUUGAACAUGUUGAAGGAAGGCAUGUGGAUAGAAGCGAAGCAUGUAAAGAAGAAGGAUCUACACAAUUAUGUUGCUCCCAGUUUGAUCAAACGAGAGAGAAAGGUUUCUAGCAGUGUACAUAAAAAUGGAAACAUUGCUGGUAAUGGAAACACUGGCAGUAUCUCGCCGCGAAACCCAGGAGAUGCAGCGAAUAAGAAGAGACAAUCGGAUUCGAACCCGGAUACGUGCUCGAAAAAGCGGAAGGUUAAUGAUGGCGAACAACCAGUUACACAGGGAGAAGAUGGAUCGUUAGUGGUUCAGUCUUGCGGAGAAGAUAGCAAUUCCGGAUUUAGCUUGGAUGAAUAUAAACAAACGUUGACAACUGUUAAGGAUGUAAGACAUUGUACAUAUAAUGAACAAUAAUCAGCGUAGAAAAGAAUUAGGAUGGGCCUACUGGUGCAUCUACAGUAGCGCAGGAGGGAUAUGUUUGCACUUGACCACUGCGGGAUUACUACCUCAAGUCGAUCGACAGAUGCUCCACUGGGCCAUCUAGACUGUAAUCACAUCUUACGCAACCAUCCACUGCCCACUGUAAGUCCCCCGUUUCGUAACAAAAAAAAAGCAACGUGAUGCGUUGGAGAGAGCUACUCGUUGGAAUCAAUCGGUGCACGGCUGUGUGACAGACGCUCUGAUUUUACUAUUACUAAACAACAUCAACAGUCAAUGGGAACAAUUACGCCACGAGUUUACGAUUGUGCCAGUGUCUGUGAUGUUAUUUUUUAUUAUGAGCCACGCAGCCGAAAUUUGGGUAUUCUUAACGAGAUGAUUACAAGUAAUACAAAACUUAAGAAAUCCAUCAUUAUCUAUAAGAUUAAUAAUUUUAGUUUUAUAUUUCAUUUUGUACAUAUCGCUUAUAUGAUAAGUUUUACUCGUGAAAUUAUGAAAAAAGAAAAGAAAAGAAGAAGAAAGGCGCGGAAACGGGCCUGAUAAAUAAUGCCGUCGUAUUGUUAUAUGAGAAUAA